AUGGAAACAUCUUCCAAACCUGGAGAUCCACUGCGAGGCUUCCACAACGUAAUGUGUGAUGGCACGAAAGUGGUCACUGAGAUCGUCUCCGAUCACGGCUCAAUCCACCUCUGCCUCUACCUCAUAACCCAAAACAUCCGCGACUUCAAAGACAUGGUUGUUGGGUUCGAUACAGAAUGGACUUUCGUCGACGCAGGCACUGGAAAAAUCGAAGCUCGCGUCGUCCUCAUCAAGCUCUUCUCCUGCAUUGGCUGCGUCCUCAUUAGAUUGGAUCACAAGUCGGGCCCGGUUUGCCAGUCUCUCAAGAAAUUUCUCAUCAUGAAGGAUGUGAUAUUUGUCGGGAUCCAGAUCAAGGAGGAUCUGGUGAAGUUGAGGGAGAAUUUUGGGAUUGAUAUUAGGAAUGUGGUGGAGCUGACUGAGCUGGCUGCCAAUGUGCUUCGAAAGCCGCGGCUUUUCGCGUGUGGCCCGAGGGAUCUGGCAAGGGAGGUUUUGAAGGUUGGGGUUGAGCAGAGGCCGCAGGAUGUGAUAUGGACGAGCUGGGCUGAGGAGUCGCUUAUGCCGGAGCAGAUUGAGUGCGCCACCAUUGAUGCUUAUCUUACUUACAAAACUGGGAAGAAGUUGUUGAGCAAAGAUUGA